AUGAAUUUAGUCCAGUAGUGUUAGAACUGCUUAGAACUACCAGUGUUAUGAAAAUCUUGGUAGAAGGUGGUACAAACCACAAUCUGCACGUCACCUGGCAUUUCUCUAGUCGACCACAUGAUGCUGCUCUAACUCCCCUCUGACAUUGAGCAAUCAGACGAAUGGAGAUAAAUAAACCACAUGUAUGCCAGGCCUUACAUCAGACGCAUGUGAUCCCAGGCACUGCACUGGACUCACAUGUCCCUCCAUUGGGAAAACCAAUGGGGGGAGUUUUGGAUAGGAGAUUUCUUCUCCGAGGAGCACACAGACUGUGAUACCUGUCUUCUGUUUCUAUUCUAUUUACUUUACAUUAUUUUUUUAUUUUUUUAAUAUCUACUUUUGUUCUUUUUGUAGUAUGUUCUGUUUGUUUUCCUUUGUUUUCCUUUGUUGUUUAAAUUUUGUUGUUGAAUAUUGUUAUGCAGUGGAAGCCUAUUUUGAAGUUUAUUUAUGAAUUGUUAUAUAUGUUUUAUUUAGUCUAUCAUUUCCUUUCCACCUCAAUCUCAAUGGAUUUAUGAUUUUCUAGGAAUUGUUUAAACUUUGACAUGCCAAAUGAACCAGACCACCCGUACUCUAUUUAUACCUGCACACACACUUAUUGACAACACAUUAUCAAGAUAGGAAACCAUUGUACCGAUUAAGAGAAGACGGGCUCAGAUAAGCCAUGACGUACUGCCCAAAUGGGGGCGUCUAGGCAUAGGCAAGUCAUCCACAGAAUUUAUGGGGCUUUGUGGUUACACAGUAAACCUAACCCUUCCCUCUAAUGACCACGGUGAUCUGUACAGGGCAGCCACCUCCGACGCUUCCAUUCUUCUGAUGAAUAGAAAAUCAUAAUCAGUCCACAGUGAGGACCGCAGAGCGAUUGCAAAAGUACACGAGGGGGGGAAGAGAGAGUAAACUAGAUAGAUACGUACGGAUUUACCUCAAAUCGAUGUGUGGGAAGGUGGUGAGUGUACUAUGAAGGACUUUGGUGCCAGGGUGGAAGAGGAGAGGAGUGGAGUGAGUGGGGGGUCAUCCAAGAUGCCCAAAACCAAGAUGUCCCACUCCAUAGAGGAGAUCCUGAAGAAACCGUGCUGGCUGCCUGACAGAGGUGCACAGACAAUGACAGACACUGUCACUCCAGAUCCGGGAAAAAAGAUGAAUGAUGAAUCUCCAAAACUCAACAAAUAUACAGGGCAUCGGGUGAGCCACCGGCGGGUGCGGACAGCCUUCACGGCAGCUCAGCUGGAGGUGCUGGAGAAAGUAUUCCAGGACACACACUACCCGGAUGUACACGCCAGGGACCAGCUGGCCUCCUGCACACAGCUGUCCGAUGGCAGAGUUCAGAUCUGGUUCCAGAACCGUCGAGCAAAAUGGAGGAAGAGUGAGGCCCAAGUUCAGACCAGAAGUGUCCCCACGUUACCGUCUGAGCACGUUUCACAUCUCUCCCUCCUGACUGGACCUGGGCACCAGUUGUUCCACCCGCUACAACAAAAGCACUUCCUGUUUGAUUCAUCUCCGCCACCUCUUGUUGGCUCUUCCUUCUACACCUCAAUGAAGUUCCACCCCUACGGAGCAUUACGUGUGUUCCACCCUCAGGCACUCCCCACACCUGUGCACCCAUACCCCCACUUUAUCUCAAGGCACAUACAGGGCAACUGACAAAGCGUAAUUUAAAUCUAAUGUCAUCUUUAUUUUUGUAAACUGUAUGUUGUUUGUAAAUAUGGUAAUGCAAAGUUGUUUGAUAAUGCCAAAUAUAUCUAAAUACCUUGCUGUUCAGUGUAAAUCUGUUUAUUAAGAAAAUGAUGUAUGUUUUUUCAUAAUAGCACAAAUCAUAAGUUAGUUACUGUUGUAUGUGAUUUAUUUAUCCUUCUUACGGAAACACUGCAUGUAUGAAAUACUCCAUAAAUAGCUUAAGAAGUAGCUUUAUGUACAGUAUAUAUACAUGUGUAUGAUAAAGGAUCUGUGAAGGACUUUUGAUGACAUAGAUGAGCUCUAUGAGAUAUGCUUGUAUGACCGGAGCUACAGGUUUUGUCAGAAUGUAAAAAAUCCAGAGUAUCACUGGAUGUCGCGACCCAGAAGGCUGUCAUUUCAUCGACGGGCAACGAGCAAAGUCCGUCACACAUGAACUAAAGCUUUUGUGUGGCGUUUAGGAGCAUUGCGCUGACCCAUCCAGGUUUGCACUUAGGAUCUUGUUCAUGAUAUGAAAUUAACAGAAUAAUUUUGCCCAAGUUAUUAGCUUUAGUUCAUGCACGGCAGACUUGCUUGCUGCUUUGCUUGUUGCUUUGCUCAUUGCCAGUUGCCCGUCAAUGAAAUGAGGGCCCAUAUUGUCAGUUUACGAGUCACAUUGAUUUACUUGCUGAUACUGGCUGAAGUUUAAUGGAACUGGAACUGUUUCUCAAGCAUAAAGACAAAUCUGUCAAGGGCAUGACUCCAUUGUUCCACAAUUCAGUUCACUGCUAUUUCAUAAACCAAAUUUCAACCAAUGUUGACUUGUGACAAUACCAAAUAAAAAAAGGAACUGCUGAA